AAUCACCCGCGGUUGUCACGUGACUGAUUUAGAACAAGCGCAACUCAAACUUUAGGUCCGCCAUUUUUGUUUUCUACCAUAGGAACUUUUCUGGCGUCUUUCACGAGAAAUAUGAAUUGGAUCGUAACAUUGACGAUCUUUUCGUCAGUGUGUUUCUUUAAGGUGCUAUGUGAAGAUAGUGCCGAAUCUCUACCCAAACAUGAGCCUCUUGUAGCCAUGUGGUGUGGCAAGGUCAACCAGCACAUGGACAUCAACACAGGGGAAUGGGCGACAGAUGAGAAUGGACACUCCAUGUGCUCUACAAGCACCAAACAAGUGCUGAAGUACUGCCAACAUGUGUACCCCAAGCUCAAUGUAAGCAAUGUUGUGGAAGCCAACAUGAAUGUGACUAUCAAGACUUGGUGUGAUCCUAAGAAUGUCAACUGCAAUGCCACUAAGACUGUCUUGCCAUACAGAUGCCUUGUUGGCAAGUUCGAAGCUGAUGCUCUUCUGGUGCCACCCGGCUGUCGCUUUCAGCAUCUUCACCCCGGAAGCGAGUGCAAGUCCCAUGACUUCUGGAAGAUUAAGGCAGAGGAGAAGUGCAAGGAUCAAGACGCCAAUCUCAGGUAUUAUGGCGUCCUCCUACCAUGCAACACUGGUCUGUUCACUGGUGUUGAGUUUGUAUGCUGCCCGGUCAAGAAGCCAGAUAACAAGCUUCCUUUCGAGAAGGUUGUUCCUGCCAUUGAGGUUGAAGUGGCAACACCCAUCCCGACCACUGCCCCGCCCGCCUCGAUUAUUGACAAGCUGGAGGCAGAGGUCAAGGAGUAUGACAAGAAGAUCAUCCCUGCUUUGUUUGGGUGCAACCUGACGAAGUACCGGGAGGAGCGCAAAAAGCUGAAUGAGCAGCACCGCGUCAACAUGAAGCAAGUUAUCAAGCAAUGGGAGGACGCAGAGAAGCGCUACAACAUCCUCCACAAGGACGAACCCAAGCAGGCUGAGCAGAUGAUGGCGGGCGUAAUGGCGCGCUUCAAGGAGACCAUCUCCACCCUUGAGCAGCAAGCCAAGCUGGAGCGCCAGCGCCUCCACGAGGAGCAUCAUCAGUGUCUGCAGAUCCACAUCAACGAGAAGCGCCACAAGACCAUCAAGACUUUCCUCCGCGAGCUCAGGCGGGAGAUCAAGAACCCAGACAAGAUCCUGGCCGCCAUGCGAAUGUUCACGAACAUUUGCAACGAGGACCGCGUUCACAACCUCCGUUACUUUAAAAUCGCGAGCAAGCACAACCCAGAGAUGACCGAGGAGAUGCGUGCUAACCUCAAGGAGCAUCUGGACAAGAUUAACCAGCGUAUGAACGACACCAUGACCCUGCUGUACAACAUGCCCAAGAUCAUGAGGAAGUUCGCCUUUGAGCUGCCCAACUGGGCCCCCAAGAUCCCUCUCCCGACUGAACCACCAACUGAGAAGAUGACCGAGGCCCCGACCACUCCAUCCGCGGUCCACGGCGAGGAAGACGAGAACAAACCUUACCGCAAGCACGAGGAGCGCGAGCGACACCACGGUCGCCACGGCAACAGCAAGAAACACCGCAAACACGACGAAGAGGACGAGCCCGAGAAUGAGCGCGACUUCUUCGGCGAGCCUCGCUCUCCCGCCACAUUCGCAGCCGUGAUUGGUCUAAGCUGCGGCGCCCUCGUCAUCAUGAUCGUCAUCAUCGUUGCCAUGGCGAUGAGGAGGUCACGUGGCAGCAGCGCUACCAAGACGGUUCUUGUUGACCCCGACGCGGACGGGAACUCUGAGAAGCAGCGGCUGACGGAUCUUCAAGAGAACGGGUACGAGAACCCUACCUACAAGUUCUACGACUAUUAGACUAGCGUGCCGCCACCUUAACUGCACUCUCUUUAUGGGCAGGUUGAUAGCGCUACAGUUAAUAAGACUGGCGAGAAAUGCGAACGGGAGCGUUAUUGUGAAGGGCACGGGAAUGGGAUUUUUUGGUAAAUUAUCGAAGGAAGGUAAAGGGUUGACUAGCGCUAAAGACCAAGGGCUUUUCAUGUACCCCUAACUUUUAUAAGACUCGGUCCCCUGACCAUAUGCCAGUUCGCUAGGAUCUUCUAAACGCUCUUGGGUAUCAAGGUCUUCUGAUUCUUGACGAAUUGAGAAAAAUGUUAUACGCGUGGAGAGUGUAGCAUUUAUAAAUCUUUCUAUCCGCCCAUUGCUCUAAAAGGAAAUGUAGAAAUAGCACAGGCCGUGGCACGGGCUUAACAAGAUAUAUAUACUCAUUCUUUGGUUUGAAUUUUCGUAUUUGUUUUUACUAAGGGCUUACCAUUAGGUGUAGUGUUUGUAGCAGUGAGGCUUUUCGACGCCAUCUACUACAAUCUUAUCUAAGUAAAGGUUAUUUAAGUAGCGUUAGUGAGACGUGUACAUGUAUAGAUUAAGAACCUUUUAAAAAAGGGGACGAUGCAUUUAUCUUUUACUAUGGUUUAUUCAUCAGCAACUAAUUAUAUUAUGCAAAGGAACGCUUUUUAUACGAGAAGAAAACCACGCAAAGUUUCAACAGCGCUACGCGAAGAUACCAAAAUAUCGUAACACUAACAUUCUCGGGUGCCGGUUUAUUGUGUUGGCUAGCGUGGACUCCUAGUUGCGAAGGCGUUCAAUCUUUCAAGUUCUUAGUGUACUCAACUGCUAUAAUACACCAGUGCACUGCAGCUCUAGCAGAUUCAGUUAUCCGCCAGUUGACUAAGGGCGCGUCUUUUUUUUUUCUAUCAUUCUGGAAUGGGAAUGGUUGGUAGAGAAUGUUCAGAAUGGCAUUCAAGUCAUUCUGCUUCAGGUAGCAAAAUGGGUGGAAUGGCCUUUAUCCCAUUCCGAAAUGGGAACGUGCUAUAAACAAAACGCGCGCUUUUUCUAUUCUAAUAAUUCUCAUUCCGGUAUCACGAGUAAAAAAACCCGCCCUAAGACUGGUCUAGUAGGGUGGUGAGGAACUACGGCUUUCCCUUUCAACCUUUUGACUCCACCGUCAUCAUCACUAACAUGAUCAUCAUUAUGAUAUCAUCAUCAUUAUAAGCAUUUGUCAGCAUCAUGUUUACAUCAUCAUCAUCCAAGCUUGUAAUCAUGCGUUCCAUUGUAACACGUGACCGGAAGUUGAUUGAUAUUUAACCCCAUCACGACAAGCCCGUUUUGGCAGACGCAACUUACUGUUUUCGGUAAGAUUUAGUUUUAUUUAAAUUUGUAACUUAGGCUGCUGCUGCAAUAAAAAUGUCUUGAAAAUA